UUGAAUGAUAACUUGUCUACAGAUCAACAUUUUGUCGAUCAGCGUGUAGUCGAUCUUUCAAGAAAAUAUAAUAGCUCUCAAUUUUUCAUUUUUCACAAUCCGUAUUGUAUUCGUGACCAGUCGCAAAUAUGAAUUAUGUGCAUCUACAUGUAUCUCUGCUCUUGCUCAGUUUGUUUGUAUUCCUAGGACGAUCUGAGUUUCACUUGGAAUUGAUUCAAGUGGUAAUGAGACAUGGAGAACGUGUGCCGAUGCUUAAAGAAAUGUAUCCUAACGAUCCAUAUAAUGUGUCGGUUUAUGAACCAUGGGGUCUUGGCCAACUGACUAAUAAAGGAAAGUUGACGGAAUAUCGAAUCGGCAUAAUGUUGAGAGAACGUUACAACGAUUUUCUAGGAUCAAUUUAUCAUCCACGAGAUAUCUACGCUGUCAGCACAGACAUCGACCGGACGAAAAUGUCUCUGCAGUUGAUGUUAGCAGGAUUAUAUCCUCCACAUCCAACACAAUUAUGGAAUCCGGAUUUACCAUGGCUCGCUAUUCCUACGCAUUACACUCCCAAAGAAGUGGACAUAGUACUGCAGCCUCAUAACUGUCCAGUAUAUAUAGCAGCUUUAGAAGAGGUAAAAAAAUCCAAAGAAGUCCGUGAUAAAAUUGCAUUUUACAAAGACUUUUUAACAUUUUUGAGUGAGAAAACUGGAUUAAUUAUCACAGAGUCGUUGCGCGCUGCUCAACUUUCCCAUCUACUAACGCAACAGAAAAACUUGGAUCUAACUCUACCGGAGUGGUGCACUGACGAAGUGUACAAGAAGCUGCAGGAAACUAUGGCAUUUGAAUUGGAGCUUUGUUCGUACACGACUCAGUUGAAGCGAUUGAACGGCGGUAUGUUGAUUAAGAAAUUUAUCGAAAAUUUGAACAUCACCGGAAAGAGUCGGAUUCCACGCAAGAUGUACGUAUACAGCGCCCAUGAGUUGAAUAUUGCAGCGUUUGCCAAAGCCCAUAAUAUCAGCGAGCCGCGUUUACCAGAUUACGGUUCAGCAUUCAUAUUUGAGAAGUUACGAGAUGACGCUGGUGAACUCUACGUUAGGAUUAUCUUAUGGACCGGCAAAACAGAAAAGUUGAUAACCGUGAAGCUGGCGGACUGCAACGAACUUUGUCCUCUGAAAACUUAUUUAGAGCUUGUACGAGAUGUGACACCAUCGGACGAGGAGACAACUUGCUUAUGGGAUAAUAUGACCAGAGAAGAACUGUUGAAGCUCUUUGAGGAAAGGUUAUUUUUUAAUUAAGCAGAUUUUGUUCAGGAAUUGAAUUAUGUAGGUAGAAAUACAUAUUUUCAUAAUGCGCAAAAAUAAAUAACAAGUAUUGAGAAUAAAAAGAGAAGAUGCUUUUAUUUUUACAGCAUAUUUUAUAUUCUCUCUUCAGUGGAGAGGCUGGUUUUAAAGAAACAAUUUGUAUUAUUUGUUCAAAGCAUCGGAUUUCUUUAUCCAUUUAAUAUCAAAUAAUUUUAGUACAUUUAAAUGUGUUAUACUGUGCAUAUAAAUAUUCAUAAUAAAUAUGUUUUGUUUUAAUAAAUAGCCUUUUAACAAGA